GGUAUUAACCCAGGGAGCUCCCUGGGUUAGCACGAUAUAUAUACGGGGAAUUAGACUCAAUGUCCAAAGAAAUGUUACCGUAGUAGUAUACCAGUCUUUCUCUCAUCCUCGAACUGUGGCGUUUCGUUGCUAGAGGAACGAUUAAAUUUCUUUCUAAUUUAUCCCGUAAGUUAAGGAAUUCACAGUAAAUUGUUCUCUUUAUUCCGUGGAAUAUUGCAAGGGGUCGGAGAUCAACGGCACCGUUGGAAGGGCCGCAGUUAAUUGAAAGCUCUAAGUCGCAAUCAUGAAGAAGUACUGAGAGAAACCAAGAUGUCACUUGAUAUGUAUGAACAUCUCAAGGCGGUAGGGAAAGGAAGCUAUGGAGAAGUGUGGCUAGUCAAACAUAAAAAAGACAAAAAACAGUUUGUUAUUAAGAAAAUGGAACUGCUCCGAGCCUCCAAGAGGGAGAAGAAAGCUGCAGAACAAGAAGCAAAGUUACUAUCCAAGCUACGUCACCCAAACAUUGUAUCCUACAAGGAUUCAUUUGAGAGUGAGGAGGGUUUCUUAUACAUAGUAAUGGGAUUCUGUGAUGGUGGAGAUCUAUAUACUAGACUGAAGCAACAGAAGACCGUAGCCUUAGAGGAACGUCAGGUAGUUGAAUGGUUUGUCCAAAUUGCCAUGGCUUUACAGUAUAUGCAUGAGCGAAACAUACUCCAUCGGGACCUGAAAACACAGAAUAUUUUCCUGACCAAGAGCAAGAUCAUCAAGGUUGGUGACCUUGGUAUCGCUAGGGUUUUGGAAGGCAACAAUGACAUGGCUACAACCUUAAUUGGAACACCCUAUUACAUGAGUCCUGAGCUAUUCAGCAAUAGGCCUUACAAUCAUAAGUCUGAUGUAUGGGCCUUAGGUUGCUGUGUAUAUGAGAUGACUACACUCAAACAUGCCUUCAAUGCAAAGGAUAUGAAUUCUUUAGUUUACAAGAUACUACGAGGAAAGAUGCCUGCUAUGCCUCACCAAUACAGCACAGAACUGGUUGAACUCAUCAAGGCAACAUUGAAUCAGAGUCCAGAGAAGAGACCUAGUGUAUCCAGACUUCUACGCAACCCAUAUAUUAAGAAACACAUAGCUAUCUUCCUUGAGGGAACGAGAGCCAGGAGACCAAGCACAUCUUCUGAAAGUAGUAGGAGAGGGUCUAAAGCUGACAUCCAGGAAAUUGAAGAACAGUCCACACCAGACAGCGAGACAGGUGGAAAAGAUCUUCCUGCUAUCUCUGAGGUUCCUUCCAAAAAGCAGGUAAAAGAUAACCAGAGUAAAUCUUCCACUCCAAGACCCGGUUCAGCCGGGAAGGAAAGAAAGAGUGCACAAGGUGUUAGGAAAUCACAACCAUCGGCAAGCAAAGAAGGAAAGUCAAGAAGUAAUGUCAAAACACCUUCAGAGCCCAAGCUUCCACCCAAGAAAUCAAGGCCUCUACCAGUUCCUCCAAAAGGUGGGACUCCAGAAACAAGUAAAGGUGCAAAGAGGUCAACAAACUCAGCAAGUUCUUCAAGAACUUCAUCUACAAGUUCAGUGAGCAACUCUAGAGAUGAUGCAAGUACACCAAGAACAGAUAGAGGUUCUUCUGCAAGAGCUAGAAGGAGAGAGAAGUUGAGAGAAUCACAGGAACAUCAGUCACCAUUAUCACAAGUAAGGAGAAGUUCUGAUGCUGUUCAUCGAAGCCAUGAUGAAACAGAUAGUAAUCAUCCAAGGAGACCAGUCAGUCAUACCAAGUCAGAUCCUGUUUCAAAGGAGUCACCAUCAUCAUCCUCAACAUCACACUCUAGGGAUGAAAGAACAAACCGACAUACCCGCGCAGAAAGUAGAGAUACAGACUCAACGAUAUCAGAUGAGGAGGAAGAGGAUGACAGCAAGAGCUCAAGAAAAAAGAAGGGUGAUGGUGAUGAAAUGGAAGAGUUCUCCAAUCUUCUUGCAACAACUCUAAGGAUUGAAAAGAAAAAGAAAGUUGUAGGUGAAGGUGGAGACUUUGGUCGAGACUCCCCAGACACUCCAGAGGAACCUAGUCCACCACCCUCAGCUAGACCAGGAUCUGGUUCUAAUCUCAAUGGAACUCAAGAUAUUGCCAUAGAAGCAGCAGCUCCUAGAGCACCAAAAGGACUAGGUAAUGCAACAAUGACAACAUCUGGUCGUCUGAUGGACCGUAUUGCUAUGCUAAGGAAAGACAUCAUGCAAGGCAUUGGUAUUGAGCUAUUAACACAGGCCUAUGAGAUCUUAGAGAAAGAUGAUGAUGAAGAUACAGAGAUGGAUAAAGAGUAUCGAGAGACCCAGUUAAUGCAAUUAAUGGGAAAACAGAAGUUUGACAUCUAUGGAGGCAAAAUAUGGCAGUUGAAAUUCUGUGAAGAGACUGUAUUUGGAUGAAAUACCUUUAAGUCAAGAAGAAAGGAAAGAUCUUAUGAAAUCAUAUCUUCAUCAGUGUAUGUAGUAUCGGAAAAGAAGGUGAGUGUGGCAUAAACCAAAUACAGAUGGGUUACUUGGUGCGGUAGAGUACUUGUGUUUAUGUGAGAUGAUGUCCACAUAAAGAAGAAAAGAAAUAUCUUUAGGUACAUCAGUGAUGCUACUUUGUAAAAUAUUUCUUGCUGUAAUCUGCAAAUGUGGACCAACAACUUACUGUUUUACUGUUAUCUGUUUUCUGUAAAACUUAUAUAAUUAAGUAUAGAUAUCAAGAUUUAUCAUCAGAUUGUAGUGAUAUGGCAGACAACAGAAUACAAUACCUAUUGUAUUAUGCACCUGUAAACAAUUCAAACCACCAAUUUUCAUUUGAUUAUUAUAUUUAAUAUAUUACUCCUAAUCUGUUAUUUAUAUAUGGAUUCUAAAUUCUAUAAAUUGUCGAUGUGUGAAAUGAGAUAUAAAAACAGAAGGAUAUAGUGAUAGAGAACUGUGUGUUUAAUUUCCGUCCAUGUAGGUACGAAUUUGAUAGAGUUGUGAGUUUAAAAGUGAAUUGAAUUGAUUUUAUAGUUCUCAUUACAAAAUGAAACAAGUAAAAGCUGUUGAUGUUAUCAUUUCAUUUUCAUAAUCAGGAUUUAAAAUACAUUUAUCAUACAUCUCUUUAACCAAACACCAAAAACUUUGUGGUUAAGAAAUUUUCAGAGGCAGUGUUUGUAUUCAAAGAGUUUGUGCUAGAAUAAUCCUGGCUAUCAUGUUUGUUUUCUUGUAAGUGUACCGUUUUCUUUUAUCUAUAUUGUACUUUCAAAACCAUUGUGAUUUUCUAAUAUUUACUCAGUACUAAAUGCAAGAAAGUGGAGGAGAAGCAAUGGCAUGUACAGUAUAACAUACUAUAUAAAGUUAGGCUUUACUGAGAGCUUUAAACCAUGCUGUUAAUGCUGUAUCAUCAUUGUGUUCUGUUUAUACUGGAAAUCAAUCGACAUUCGUUAUUUUGUGUAUUCAUUUCCUUCCUUCCUGUGAAAUAAGGUGUAAUGGAUUACGUUACAAUUUAUGUCUCACCUGCAUAGCAGAGUGUAGUCCACGUCCUGGACGAUUUUUAUUGAUUGGGCAAUCCAAAGGGGCAAACCCUAUCGGACCGUACCGAUACCCCGCGCGCACACAUAACCAACACACACACGCCCUCCACUGAUUCACUUACCCCCAGUGAUUCACCUAACCCACUGAUUCACUUUCCCCGAAAGGGGGUGUGUGUAUGCGUGUUCUGGGGAGGUAGUGUGUUAUGUGUUUGGUAGUCAUAUCAUACCAAAUAACAACAGUCCAGGAGGUGGACUAAGCAGAGUGAGACUAUAGGCGCCGUUUUUCUGAUGGCGGCGGUGGCGUCAACACCAAAUCUUAACCGAAGGUUAAGUUUUUGAAAUGACAGCAUAACUUAGAAAGUAUAUGGACCUAGUUCAUGAAACUUGGCCAUAAGGUUAAUCAAGUAUUACUGAACAUCCUGCUUAAGUUUCAUGUGACAUGACCAAGGUUAAAGGUCAUUUAGGAUCAAUGAACUUUGGCCAAAUUGGGGGUAUCUGUUGAAUUACCAUCAUAACUUUGAAAGUUUAUGGAUCUGAUUCAUAAAACUUGAACAUAAGAGUAAUCAAGUAUCACUAAACAUCCUGUGCGAGUUUCAGGUCACAUGAUCAAGGUCAAAGGUCAUGUAAGGUCAAUGAACUUUGGCCAAGUUGGUGGGUAUUUGUUGAAUUACCAUUAUAACUUUGAAAGUUUAUUGGUCUAGUUCAUAAAACUUGGACAUAAGAGUAAUCAAGUAUCACUGAACAUCCUGUGCAAAUUUCAGGUCACAUGACCAACGUCAAAGGUCAAUGAACUUUGGCCAUGUGGAGGAAUCUGUUGAAUUACCAUAACUUUGAAAGUUUAUGAAUCUGAUUCAUGAAACUUGGACAUAAGAGUAACCAAGUAUCACUGAACAUCUUGUGCGAGUUUCAGGUCACAUGACCUUACAACGUUUUUAGAUAUAGUGUAUAAAAUGUGGAUAUAGUGUAUAAAAUGUGAAUAUAGGGGUAAUCAAGUAUUACUGACAAGUUUUGGGUCACAUGAUCAAGGUCAAAUGUCAAUGAAGGUAGUAUUGUAUCAUUAUAUGAAUGGUGUUUUUUGUGAAUAAUUAUUUUAUAGUAGUUUUCAAAGUCAGCACUGCUGCUAUAUUGAAUCGCAUGAUGCAGGUGAGACCGCCAGAGGCAUUCCACUUGUUCUCUAUUUCUCUCUUUGAAAAAGAGAGAAAUUUUUCAAAUUGAAUUCAUUCAACACAAAAUAAAAUUGUUAAAAAUACAUGUAAAUUGUAAACUUUAAAACAAUUAGGCACAUAAAGGUAAUUUGUCAAGGUCUUACAACUGUAAAUUUUGCUUUUUAAUGUGAAAAUUGUCAAGCUGAAUUCCAAGCAAUAUGAAGCAAAUAAUGAGUUGUUUCUCCUGUAUUUUUCAGCAUUGCAAAUUCCAUGAAUGCUCCAUCAACACAAAUUGAUCAAAAUGCUGCAUCACUUUACAAAAUCUUGGAUAUGAUAUGAAAAUUUAUCUUGGCCUUGUUCAGGGAACAUAUUUUCACUCAAAUUAAGAGCAGUAAAUACUUUUUUGCCCACUAUACUGUACUACUUAAUGUUAUAAAUUGCAGCAGGCUGCUAUGAUUGCUUUUGAAAAUUUCUGUUUAUUCAUGGAAAUGCUUUAAAAUUGUAAUUAAUCUCCCAAGAAUCUUUGUAAUGUUUUUUAUUUAGUUUAAUGCAUCAUACAAGUUGAAAUACACUCCCCAAACAUUCCAGGUGUACAUGUAUUACAAGUAGGUACUGAUUAAAACUUUAUACCAAAGUGUAGGCUGAAAAUAUGUGCAUGAUAGAUUCACUCAAACCUAAUUAUCUGGGUCCAUUUACACAAAGGCUUGAUUUUUACGAUUGAUUGUACAUUGGAAUCAAUUGUAGAAAAAUGUUCUACGAUCAUUACUAAGCUUUGUGUUACGGGCCCCUGGUCUUAAGAACUGUGAACAGUUGCUAUUCAGGCACCACUCGAGGUGUGGUAUGCUGAGAUUCACUUUUAUGAAUGGUGUCAAUAUGUAAUCCUUCUGGCAUGGUAUGAUAGAUACAUUUUGGAUAGCAUUACUCAUUAUUAGUAUUUCCUGCCUGUUAUAUAGAACACACCUGUGGUAGAGGUAGAAAUCAUUGGUAUCUGUGUCAUCCCUGGUACAAGUGUCUUACAAUGUACUUUUUAUGUGCCUAAACUUUUUUUGAAUAGUGUUCCUGAAUAAUUCUCAAAUAGUCUAAUAAAAAGAAAAGAUUAAGAUUAUUUCAUUUCUCAUCACCAUCUUUUCAUUUCUUUGAAUAUGAGUCUGAAGUUUUUUUCAAGUUUUGUUCUUUUACCAGCCAAAUGUAAAUCAUGACUGAAUAAGUCAAUUAUCUGUAUUCUUCUGCAUAAUAGAUAUUGUGCCUAUACCAUAGUAGUUAUAUAUAAUGAAUUAUUCUUGUGGAGUGUAGUUGUGUGUUAAUAGACAUGGUAUUUUGCUUGUUGACCAAGAAAAAAGGUAAUGUUUGCCUUGUAAUGAAAAUAUAUAUUGAAUUAUUAAAGACAGAAGAUUCUGGCUAAUUCAUAUUUUA